AUGUCUGACGUUGGAAGAAAAGAUUUCGGUGACAAGGCCAAGGAAACUAUCAAACCAGAUUCCGAAAAAUCCUAUUACGAACAGGGUAAGGAAAAGGUCUCUGAUGAAUACGACAAAUUAGCAGGUAAGCUACAGCCUGAGGAAAAUAAGAGUACCACCCAGAGUUUAGGUGACUCUGCCCAAAGAGGCAAGGAUUCUGCUGAAAACAAAGGUGAGUCCUACUCCGAACAGGCCAAGGAAUACAUGGACAGCGCAAAGAGCAAGUUGAAUGAGGCUGUCGAAUACGUAUCCGGUAAGGUCCACGGCGGCACCGACGCUGCUGAAGGUGCAGCCAAAGAUAGCAGGGCUACAAAGUGA